GUCCCGCCCGCGGCGGUGAGGUGACCCGACCCGAGCCGACCGCUGCCGCCGUCGCCGCCGCCGCCGCCGCCGCCCGCCAGCCGGCCCCAGCGUCCAGCUGAUCUGGCCCAGUCAUGCAGAGGGUGGACUUCCUCGUGAGUGGGGGCGACAGAGUAAGCACGAGCUACGAAGUCGUGUACCGAAACCCCGUGCUAAACAUGCUCUGGCAACACAGCCGCGUCGACCCGGCCAAGCCGAUCGCAGUGGACGACGACAGACGUACAUUCGAGACGUUUCUGCGGCACCUGCACGGCGAGGAGGUGAACUUGUCCAACAACGGGCUUACACACCUCAUCACGCUGCUGAAGUGCGCGCACAAGUACCAGUGCUACAGGCUGGGCACGGCCAUUCUAUCCCAGCUAUCUCAGCAUUGCUGUGCGGAGAGCGUGCUGCACGUGUACAAGGUGCUGCAGCCGCUGCCGGAGCUGCCUGCGAACUCUGACCCAGCAGCGCCCAGCGCACCCCCCGAGACAGACCUGGUGGAGUCUGACCCGGAACAGGCCGAGUUCGCGAAACUCCUGCUGCACACCUUCCAGCGCUGCCUGCAGGUAAUCGAUAACAACAGCGUGGAAGUGCUGGCGUCGGACCCGUUGCUGGCGCUGGAGCCACAGCAGGUGCUGGAGCUCGCGCAGCGCGACUCACUGCAGGCGCGCGAGCUGGACAUCGGUCGCGCAGUGCUGCGCUGGCUGCGCCACUACUCGCUCAGCUUCCGCCUGGACCCGGAGCAGCGGCGCCAGCUGGUGCUGGGCGCGUUGCGCCUGCUCACCAUGUCGCCCAAGGAGCUGAAGAAGCUGGAGCUGGAGCGCGAGGGCGUGCUGACGCGCGAGGAGCUGGAGCGUGUGCUGGAGUUUGCCCACCACGGCACGGCCGUGCUGCCCGAGUCCAUAGAGCCGUACCGGGAGUACUGGCUGUGCCGGCGGCGCGGCGGCGCGCGGAGCCGUGGCGUCCUGCAGCGACUGAUGGAGCGCACGCGCGGCGGCCACGGCCUGGACGAGCGCGACAGCGUUGAACGCCGUGAGGCGGCGCUGCAGCGGCGCAGCCGGCGCGCCGACAAGGUGAAGAUGGCGCUCGCCACUGGCGCCUCGUUCAUCUUCGACUAGGGCGCCGCGCAGGGACAGGCGGGAGGGGGCCGGAGACGGCGCGCGGACAGAGGCGUUGUUGUUGCAAGUGGACGGGCGAGAUUUUAUGGGGAGAUGUUCUUUCAGGAGGAGCCUGCGUGCGCAGGCGCCGCAGGAUGCGACGAAGUCGCGCACCGACUGCUUUGAACGUUAUGCCUGAGGACCUGUGAUGUACAUUGAGGAGUAUCAUGUUACUCACUGUGGUCCACUACUCUGCUUUUUUACGUGGCGCGCGACAGGCAGCGCUGUGCCACUCUUAGCUGUGAUGUUUACUUUGUGUAGUUGAGGUUAGGAGCAAGUUCCGCGCCAGGUGUGUGUGAAAUUGUCCUUUGUUCGUUAUCCAGGAAGCCAGCUAGAGCUUAUUUUACGUGUAGCACAUGUAUGGGAAUUAUGCCAGAUUUGGAGGAACUGUGGCAUAUUCCUUCACGCAGUGAUAUUUUGAUGGAGGGUUUAGAGAGAUUGAUUUCACCGUCAGCUUGCGCCUAUGCCAUGCGCAACGUCGGCAGAAAUUAAGUUCAAUUAAAACCGGUUUAAACUAGUCACUUCACAACACUUGAAGGUUUUUGUAACGCGUAGAAUGUUUAGUCUUCCCUGCACUGCUGAAAGGAAAUUUUCCGGAAGUCAGAAUCGCCUUGCAGUCUUUGAACGUCUCAGUAAGGAUUUGUUGUAUUUGCACGGAUACACAUCUGCAACCUGUCUGAUGUGAGAGGGCUUCACAGCUCGAACGUUAGGACAAUUGGUAAAGUCCCCACUGAGAACUUCUGUUGGCGUGCUGACAUCUGGAACAUGGUGUUGCUUGCCGAGCGUGCGAUAUGAACAGGGUAUCAUGCUAAUGCGUAAUGGCCUAAUGUCAAACGAUAUGUGCUUGUCGAUUGUUUGCCAGCGUUCGACCUUUUCUACCCACGGAUUCUCCCGCAGCCCCGCGGUCAGCAAAACUGCUUUCUCGUCGUCUGAAUCAAAGCAAGAUGUGCCAGGGGUGGUCGCGAUUCGACUGGGACAAAACGUCUGGUGAACAUUUUAUUAUCUCAAUGGCGGCAUUUGGUUCAUUCAGCUGCCGUUGGUCGAACCGCUCCCCCCUUCUCCCAGGACGUCCUGGCACUAGCAUUAGUACGUAGAUGUGUUGCUCUCAGUCCGGGAUUAUGCAAAUGCCCAUGUGCGCUGGGGCGUGCACAGAAUGUGCAAUGUGCAGUGAGGCGUGCACAGAACGUGCAAUGCGACGAUUCGAGGGGAAGCACCAUCUUCGGCCGGGUGAGGCAAUUAAGGCGAUGUCGUAGCGCACCAGCGACAGUGAGUGGGGCGGUGCACACCGGCAAAAUGAACGUUUUAUGUGAUUUGAAUUAACAUGUAAAAUGAAAAAGACAUGGAUAACAGAAUUUUCUAAAUACCUUCGCUGCAGUGAACCUGCGUGUUACCAUGCUUAUUCGUGAUCUAAUGCACGCAAUACGUCUAAGGGUAAUGGCAGACGGAGCUUGGGAGCAAUGGACGCUGUAGCUGACAUACCACCCAUGCUUUAGCUUUGGCUUCAAUCCCCUGUCGUCCGUGUAUGCUAUGUCUCUCGCCAGUUGAUUAGUCUGUCCCGUGUCAAACGAGAGCAUUUUAUCCCGCGGGCCGACUGGCCGAUCGUGGUUGCCUACAGCCUGUUUGUAUAUUCGCUAGCUUGGUAUCAUGCUUAUACCUGACCCUGACACGCUCACAGUCCCUACGCCGUUGCUGUUAGAGCAGGUGGUUUGCGUUUUCAUUUUGUGAUGGUGACGUAGCGUCGCGCAGCGCGCUUCCGUAUGUUUGUAUUCGACCGAGUUCUCGUCUUUUGACAGCGUUUCAAGCUUCCGAAACCCAGAACAAUUCGCCUUUUAUCUUUCGAGCGACGACUCGGACUCGAGGAAGGACCGUUUGCGUUAGAAAUGGUGUUGACCCGGUGCCAUUAUUUCGUGUUAAUUUUGUCGGUGGGUUUUAUUUUUUUUCAAUUAAAAAAUAAUUUAAUUGAACUCAUUGCAUCAGACCUUAUUGGGUUUUAUUGCGAAAGUGACCACUACCCGCGUGUCCAGUGGUUCGUUACGUCCGCCGUCUUAAGUCAAUACACAAAGCCGAUGGCAACAGUCA